AUGUGUGAAAUGAGAUCAGUCGCCUAUUUUGUCAACUGGGCAAUUUACGGCCGCAACUACAACCCGCAGGAUCUACCCGCGGAGAAGCUGACACACAUCCUCUAUGCAUUUGCCAACAUCCGCCCCGAAAGCGGCGAAGUGUACUUGACCGACUCUUGGUCCGACGUCGAGAAGCAUUACCCCACAGACUCGUGGAAUGACGUCGGUACCAAUGUGUACGGAUGUGUUAAGCAGCUUUUCCUGCUUAAGAAGCAGAACCGCAAGCUGAAGGUUUUGCUUUCUAUCGGGGGCUGGACGUACUCCUCGAAUUUCGCGCAGCCUGCGAGUUCCCAUGAGGGUCGGACUGCAUUUGCCGAAUCGGCGACACGCUUGGUUCUGGAUUUGGGAUUCGAUGGUCUUGAUAUUGAUUGGGAAUAUCCUAAAGAUGACACCGAGGCUGAGCAUCUAGUUCUUUUGCUUCGGAAGUGCCGAGAGGUUCUUGAUAGAGAGGCCGGUCCCGAUCGCCGUUUCUACUUGUCAAUCGCCUGCCCUGCCGGCCCGAGCAAUUACGAGAAGCUCAGAUUCCGAGACAUGACCCCAGUGCUAGACUUCUACAACCUUAUGGCAUACGACUUCGCCGGAAGCUGGGACAGCAACGCUGGCCAUCAAGCGAACAUCGUCCCUUCAGCUUCCAACCCUGCAUCCACGCCGUUCUCCAUCAACAAUGCUCUAGACUACUACAUCAACGUCGGCGGCGUACCACCCUCAAACAUCGUCAUGGGCAUGCCGCUGUACGGACGUGCAUUUGAGAACACCGACGGACCCGGCGCUCCCUUCUCCGGCGUCGGAGAGGGCAGCUGGGAGAACGGGGUGUGGGAUUACAAGGCACUGCCCAGACCCGGGGCUGAGAAGCAGUUCGAUCAGGAAUCUGGUGCCUCGUUCUGCUAUGAUGCCGGUGCGCGCAAGAUGGUUACUUACGACACACCCUAUAUGGCGCAGAUCAAGGCGAACUAUAUUCGCGAGCGCGGACUGGGUGGUGGUAUGUGGUGGGAGAGUAGCGGUGAUAAGGGUGGGAAGGAGGCUGAUCCGGCGCAAGGAAGUUUGAUCGGUAUCUUUGUUGAUGGUGUGGGUGGUCCAGGCGCUUUGGAUCAGUCGUGUAAUGCUCUUGAUUUCCCCGAGAGCAAGUAUGCCAAUGUCCAAGCUGGGUUCCCGGAAGAGUAG